GCCCGAGGAGCAGUUGUCCGGGUUUCCGGUGGUGGAAAAGCUCCGGAGGCGGCUUCGGCCGGCUGACUAGCUGGGGAAGAAAGCCCCCUCCUUCCGUCUCGGGCGAUACCGGUGGCUGCGCUGAGUGGGCGAUCGAGCACCCGGGAGACGGCAACGGCGGUAUGGAGGCGGCGGAGCCUACCGCGGUUCCACAGAAACUCAGCCGUAAGAAGUACAUUGCUCUCCGGAAGAAGGAGAGACGUAAGAAACGACGUCAGGAGCUCGCUCGGCUGAGAGAUGCAGAAUUGUCACAGAAAGAGGAAGAAGAAGAUCCUCUUGCUGAAGAAAAACAAUUAGAAGAAGAAAGGUUGUUAGAGGAAGAGAGGCAAAGAUUACAUGAAGAAUGGUUACUGAGGGAAGAGAAGGCACAAGAAGAAUUCAGGGCAAAGAAGAAAAAAGAAGAGGCAGCUCGAAAACGGAAGGAAGAACUAGAGAGAAAGUUAAAGGCAGAAUGGGAAGAACAGCAGAGAAAAGAGCAAGAGGAAGAGGAGCAGAAACAACAAGAGAAGAGGGAAAGAGAGGAAGCUGUGCAGAAGAUGCUGGAUCAAGCUGAAAAUGAGUUGGAAAAUGGUGGCACCUGGCAGAACCCAGAACCGCCCAUGGAUCUAAGAGUACUGGAGAAAGAUCGAGCCAACUGUCCAUUCUACAGUAAAACGGGAGCUUGCAGAUUUGGAGAUAGGUGUUCUCGUAAACACAACUUUCCCACGUCAAGUCCCACCUUGCUGAUUAAGAGCAUGUUUACGACAUUUGGAAUGGAGCAGUGCAGGAGGGAUGACUAUGACCCUGACUCAAGCUUAGAAUACAGUGAAGAAGAGACCUAUCAACAGUUCCUAGACUUCUAUUAUGAUGUCCUGCCCGAGUUCAAGAAUGUGGGAAAAGUGAUUCAGUUUAAGGUUAGCUGCAACUUGGAACCUCAUCUGAGGGGCAAUGUGUAUGUCCAGUACCAGUCGGAAGAAGAAUGUCAAGCAGCUUUUUCUGUUUUUAAUGGACGAUGGUAUGCAGGACGACAGCUUCAAUGUGAAUUCUGCCCAGUGACCCGGUGGAAAAUGGCAAUUUGUGGCUUAUUUGAAGUACAGCAGUGUCCAAGAGGAAAGCACUGCAACUUUCUUCACGUGUUCAGAAAUCCCAACAAUGAAUAUAGGGAAGCUAAUAGAGACAAAUACCUGUCUCCAGAUUGGACUAGCUCCUCCUUCGGUAAGAAUUCAGAGAGGAGGGAAAGGGCCAGUCACUAUGAUGAAUAUUAUGGCAGGUCAAGAAGGAGGAGGAGCCCGAGUCCGAACGUCUCCUACAGGAGAAAUGCUGAGUCUGACAGGAAGAGCAGUAGUAAUCGCAGGGUGAAGAAAUCUCACAAACAUGGAAUGAAGAGUCGUGAGAGGCGCAGUUCACCUAGUAUUAGAAGAAGAAAAAGGGAUCACAGUCCAAGCUCGUGGAACCAGAACAGGAGGAGCCGCCUCAGCAGGAGUCGCAGCCGCAGCCGCAGUCGCAGUCGCAGCCACAGCCGCAGUCGGAGCAGGGGCCGGAGCCGGAGCCGGGGCCGGGGCCGGGGCCGGGGCCGGGGCCGGAGCCGGAGCCGGAGCCGGAGCCGGAGCCGGAACCGGAGCCGGAACCGGAGCCGGAACCGGAACCGGAGCAGGAGUUGGAGCCCCAGCAAUAGCCGGAGCUCAUCAAGGUCCAGAAGUCGUGGCAGAAGAUCAGGUAGUAGAGACAAAACCACCUAGAGUCCCAAAUCUAAGUAA